AAGUAGUGAGUGACUAGUGAAUUCGAGUCGAUUUGAAUGCCUAAAAAUUCCGAACUUUAAUACUGGACCCAAAACUGGGUAGCCCAAUAGAGACAUCUGUGUGUAAUCCCUUGACCCGCUCCAUAUCACGUUAGGGUUUUGUAAAUUGCAACACAAUCGUGAAAUUGCACUCUAUCUGAAGUGCUUGCUCAGUUUCAGAUUUUGAGAACCAAAAAUGGGGAAAGCAAAAAAGGGUCCGAAAUUUGCAGUGAUGAAGAAAAUGAUUACUCACAAAGCAAUCAAACAGCAUAAAGAGGAAAUUUUGAACCCUAAAAAGAAAGAUUUGAAUAAAGAGAAGCUCCCUAGAAACGUGCCUUACGUUUCGUCUGCACUUUUUUUCAAGUACAACACAGCAUUGGGGCCGCCUUAUCUUGUUCUAGUUGAUACUAACUUUAUCAAUUUCUCCAUUCAGAAUAAAUUGGAUUUGGAGAAAGCGAUGAUGGAUUGCUUGUAUGCUAAAUGUACUCCUUGCAUUACGGACUGUGUCAUGGCUGAGCUUGAGAAGCUGGGUCAGAAAUACCGUGUUGCUCUUAGAAUUGCAAAAGAUCCCCGAUUUGAAAGGCUUCCCUGUACUCACAAAGGGACAUAUGCUGAUGAUUGUAUUGUUGAGAGAGUUACACAGCACAAGUGCUAUAUUGUCGCAACAUGUGAUCGAGAUUUGAAGCGUAGAAUACGCAAGGUCCCUGGUGUACCGAUCAUGUACAUCACUCAACACAAGUACUCUAUUGAAAGGUUGCCUGAAGCAACGAUGGGUGGAGCUCCAAGAUUUUGAGGACGUGUUUUUAGCAGAGCUAACAACAAACUCCAAAGCGUUGGAUGGUGGUUCCAAUUGCCAACAUUCUGUCACCCCAACAAGACUCCUUAUCUCCUUGCAGCGUUGAAGGAAAAUUGUUGAAACAUCGCCAUCAAUUUUGUAUCUAUAGAAUUUUCUGUAUCCCAAUGACAUGAAUCUUGUUCCGUUUGCUAGUUUCUGAUAGAAAAACUUUGCAUUUGGGAUCUACUUGCAACUGUGUGUAUAGUGAUGUGCUGAAGCGCAAAACUUUGCUAGAACUAUCAUCCAUUCUUAUUAGCCAUAAUUCCUCAGCGACAAUGUCUCACAGAGAAUGGAUACCCAAAGUUUGAGUAUUUAUUUCCA